AUGUGCAUGUGUUUUUGAUCAAUUAACAUGAAGGGCGACGGAAGGUGCUUGAAACUCUUUCUUGCACUCUUGAUCCUUUUCCUACAAAACGUAAAAGGAGGAGAAGUUGGCCACAGCCACAACCACAGCCACAGCCUCAGAGAUGCUAAAGUGACAGUGAGGUGCAUAGAGAGGGAAAGACAAGCACUACUUGCAUUCAAACGUGGCCUGGUGGAUGAGUUCAAUCAACUCUCUUCUUGGGGUUCAGAAUCCCAAAAACAAGAUUGUUGCAGAUGGGAAGGAGUUUAUUGUAGCAACCAAACUGGCCAUGUGAUUCAACUUGAUCUUGGAUAUUCUUUCCCUGGUAAGAUGAUUCAACCUGAUAUUCUUGAAUAUUCUUUCCAAGGUAAGAUGAUUAGUCCUAAACUGAUUGAGUUGCAGCAUUUACAAUAUUUGGACCUUACAUUGAUUGAUUUCAAUGGAAUCCAAAUUCCAGAUUUCAUUGGUUCUCUAACCAAUCUAAGAUACCUCAAUCUCUAUUACUGUAAUUUGGUUGGUCAAAUUCCAAGUUCGUUUGGAAACCUCACGCAAUUGCAACAUCUCAACCUCAGCUAUAAUCAGCUUCAAGCAGAAAAUCUCAAUUGGCUCCCUGCUCUUUCUUCUUUAACGUAUUUGGACCUUGCAUACAUUGAUUUCAAUAGGAGCCAAAUUCCAGAUUUCAUUGGUUCUCUAACCAAUCUAAGAAACCUCAGUCUCCAUUACUGUAAUUUGGUUGGUCAAAUUCCAAGUUCGUUUGGAAACCUCACGCAAUUGCAACAUCUCAACCUCGGCGCUAAUCAGCUUCAACCAGAAAAUCUCAAUUGGCUCCCUACUCUUUCUUCUUUAACGUAUUUGGACCUUGAAUACAUUGAUUUCAAUGGGAGCCAAAUUCUAGAUUUCAUUGGUUCUCUAACCAAUCUAAAAUUCCUCAGUCUCUAUUCAUGUAAUUUGGUUGGUCAAAUUCCAAGUUCGUUUGGAAACCUCACGCAAUUGCAAAAUCUCGGCCUCAGCGGUAAUCAGCUUCAAGCAGAAAAUCUCAAUUGGCUCCCUGCUCUUUCUUCUUUAACGUAUUUGGACUUAAGCGGAGCCAAUCUCAGUACUGUUUUCGAUUGGCCAGAAGCAGUACUUAAUAAGCUCCCUAAACUAGUAUAUUUGAGAUUGGAUGACUGUAGUCUCCCUCCUCCUCCUACUCCAAUUCUUUCCACUACUCUUUACAAAACAAAUUCUUCUACAUCUCUUGAACAUGUUUUUCUCUAUGAUAACCAUCUCACUUCUUCAAUAUUUCUUUGGUUGUCCAAGUACAGUACAAGCCUUGUUUCUCUUUUCCUCUCCAACAAUAAUCUAGCUGGUUUCAUUCCCGAUUUCACUAGAAACAUGAGCUCUCUUGCAUAUCUGGAUCUCUCCGAAAAUUAUCUGACUGGUUUCAAUCCUGAUUUCCCUGGAAACAUGAGCUCUCUUCGGGAUCUGUCUCUCUCCAACAAUAAUCUAACUGGUUUCAUUCCUGAUUUCAUUGGAAACAUGAGCUCUCUUGUGCGUUUGGAUUUCUCUGAUAACCAGAUUGGAGCGAAUCCAAAUUCGUUUGCAAGGCUGUGUAAUUUGCGAAGAUUGGUGCUUUAUAGAAAUCAUCUGAGUGGACAAUUAUCAAAGUUUGUUCAACUAUUGCCUAGAUGUGCUCACAACUCAUUAGAGGAAUUGUACCUCUUUGAUAAUGUUCUUGCGGGGUCAUUAAACAAUCUCACAAGCUUCUCAUCUUUGAAAUACUUGUCUCUUAGCGCCAAUCAAUUAAGCGGAAAAAUACCUGAAAGUAUUGGGCAAAUGUCGCAACUGGAGUCUAUUGAUUUCAGCAAAAACUCUUUGGAAGGGGUGGUUUCAGAAACUCAUUUCUCAAAACUCUCCAAAUUAGAAUUUUUGGAUUUAUCCUCUAACUCACUGGUUUUAAACUUCCAUUCUGAUUGGGUUCCUCCCUUCCAGUUGGGUGACAUAAAUUUGGCGUCUUGCAAGGUCGGUCCUCUUUUCCCAAAAUGGCUUCAAACUCAAAAACAUACUUUCGAGCUUGAUAUUUUGAAUGCUGGAAUUUCUGAUAUCCUUCCAAGUUGGUUUUGGAGUAAUUUUCGUAACGCGAGCGUUAUUAAUCUCUCACAUAACCUAAUCAGAGGAAUAUUUACAAAUUUGGCAGUGGAGUUUCCAUAUAACCCAGAACUACAUUUGAGUUCGAACCAAAUAGAAGGUCCAAUUCCCUCAACUCUAUUACAAGCCUCCUAUCUGGAUCUUUCUAAUAAUAACAUUUCAGGGUCGCUUUCUUUCCUAUGCGCAAGUGCAUAUAUGAGUUUAACAUAUCUUAAUCUUUCAAGCAACAGUUUUGCUGGAGAACUUCCAGAUUGUUGGAGCCAUUUGGAGAUUCUAGUCAUGCUUGAUUUGAGUAACAACGCUUUUUCUGGAAAAAUUCCCAUGACAAUAGGCUCUUUAUUUCAAAUGCAAACUUUGAAAUUAAGAAGAAACCAAUUUGUUGAAGAAUUGCCUUCAUCGUUGAAGAACUGCGCAAGUUUAGAAGUUAUUGAUCUGGGAGAUAAUAAAUUAUCAGGACCAAUACCUACAUGGUUAGGUGUGAGCUUCAAGAAUUUGGUUAUCCUGAUUCUUUCCACUAAUCACUUCAAUGGAAGCAUGCCCUCGCAAUUAUGCCAUCUAACACACAUUAAAAAUAUGGAUUUCUCUAUGAACAACAUCUCUGGAAGCAUACCCAAAUGCCUCAACAAUUUGACUACUUUGGCUAAAAAAGGAAAUCCAAGUCUAUCCAGCACUCAUUUUUAUGGCGGAAGUAUGGGUAAUGAGUCAAUUGCUCCUACUAAUUAUGACGAUGAUGCAAGCUUCAUAUGGAAAGGAAGAAUGGAGACAUACAAAAGCACUUUGGGCCUUGUGAAGAGAAUUGAUCUCUCAAGUAAUAGAUUAACAGGGGAGAUUCCAAGUGAAAUCACUCGUCUUGUUGGGUUGAUUUCUUUAAACCUUUCGAGAAACCAGUUAACAGGUCAAAUAACUCCGGAGAUUGGAAACUUGGAGUCAUUGGACUCGCUUGAUUUAUCAAGAAACCAGAUAGAUGGAAGAAUUCCGACAAGCCUUGCUCGGAUAGAUCGUCUUAGUUUCUUGGACCUGUCAUAUAACAACUUGUCUGGCAAAAUACCCACAGGCACUCAGCUCCAAAGCUUUGAUCCCCUUGAUUAUGCUGAAAAUCCUCUACUCUGUGGACCUCCCCUUAAAAAGAUGUGUGCUGAUCAAAAUGAGUCAACUGACAGGAGCAAUGAAGAUGAUAAGGAUGAGUUUAUAACACUGGGAUUUUACAUCAGUAUGGGGAUUGGGUUUGCUGCUGGAUUUUGGGGAGUUUGCGGCACUUUGAUAUUCAAAAGGUCAUGGAGAUACGCAUACUUCAAGUUCUUGAAUGAUUUAAAUGAUUGGCUUUAUGUGAGGACAGCUUUGAUCAAGCGGCAACUGAAGUUAGCAUAUGCUUAAUAGAUAAGCUCGUGACGCUGCAGCAUCUAAAUUAGGAGAAAAGUAGUUGUAGCUGAAUGCCUCCUUUCAGUUCAAGUGUUGAAGAUUGCUAGUAUGCGCAUGCACAGGUAUCUGGAGAAGAGUUUACUAGUUAAUUUGGAGUGCUUAGUAGGAAUAAAUAUGAGUUAAAUAAGUGUUAAGUACUUGUAAGAAC